AUGGCAACAACAUCUUCGGGCGCAGACAGCGCCGUACCACAUGUGAAUAGUAGUGCCACGGGUACCUCAGCUCCACGACAGACUACUGAGCGAGUGAUCAAAACACCUACUUGGUUUAAACGCAUUUCUGCUUCUCAUGGUGCUAAAAGGACUUGCAUUUUAGCUGUUCAGUUUCCCGUUAGUGAGAAGCUAACGUUCGAAGAUGUUUACGAUAGGCGUACAGGGAAACCUCGGGCAGAGGUACUAAAAGAGCAUUUCGUAAAAGAGGGCCGUAUAGAAGAAGAGGUAGCCAUACGUAUAAUCACAGAAUGUACUGCGAUUUUUCGACAGGAGAAGACUAUGCUUGAUGUAGAAGCUCCUGUUACUGUGUGUGGUGACAUUCACGGGCAAUUUUUUGACCUUAUGAAACUUUUCGAGGUUGGUGGGUCUCCAGCAACUACAAAGUACUUGUUUUUGGGUGACUAUGUUGACCGAGGAUAUUUUUCAAUUGAAUGUGUUUUAUAUUUAUGGGCGCUGAAAAUUUGUUUUCCAACGACUUUAUUUCUUUUACGUGGCAAUCACGAAUGUCGUCACCUAACGGAAUAUUUUACUUUCAAACAAGAAUGUAAAAUAAAAUAUUCUGAAAAAGUCUAUGAUGUUUGUAUGGAGUCUUUUGACGCUUUGCCUCUGGCAGCUCUUAUGAACCAGCAGUUUCUGUGUGUUCAUGGUGGACUGUCACCAGAGAUCCAUUCUUUGGAUGAUAUAAAAAAGUUGGAUCGAUUCAAAGAACCCCCUGCUUACGGUGCAAUGUGUGAUUUGUUAUGGUCGGACCCCUUGGAAGAUUUUGGCAGUGAAAGGAAUUCUGAGCGUUUUUCUCAUAAUUCUGUUCGUGGGUGCUCUUAUUUUUACAGCUAUGCAGCAUGUUGUGACUUUUUGCAGCACAACAAUCUUUUAUCUAUUAUUCGAGCUCAUGAGGCCCAGGAUGCAGGCUACCGCAUGUACAGGAAAUCGCAAGCAACGGGAUUUCCUUCUUUAAUAACCAUAUUUAGCGCUCCAAACUAUCUCGAUGUAUAUAAUAAUAAAGCCGCAAUUUUGAAAUAUGAGAACAAUGUGAUGAACAUUCGACAAUUCAAUUGUUCACCUCACCCUUAUUGGUUACCCAAUUUUAUGGAUGUCUUUACGUGGUCUUUGCCGUUUGUGGGAGAAAAAGUAACAGAAAUGCUUGUUCAUAUUUUGAAUAUUUGCUCUGAUGAUGAGUUGCUUACCGAUUCUGAUGACACAUUUGAAGGCGGAGUUCCUUCAGCCCGUAAGGAGGUCAUACGGCAUAAAAUACGGGCGAUUGGGAAAAUGGCUCGUGCUUUCUCAGUUUUAAGGGAAGAAAGUGAGUCUGUUUUACAACUGAAAGGACUUACGCCAACCGGAAACUUGCCGCUUUAUACGCUUCACGAAGGCCGGCGUGGUAUCCAUGAGGGCUUGAACCCAGGUGGGAAGUUGCCGAUGGGAAUUCUCUCAGGAGGCAAACCUGCCUUAGAAGAAACAUUGUCGGGUUUGGGGCCUGGGCAUCGUAUUCAGUCAUUUGACGAAGCUAAACGUCUGGAUAAAAUCAACGAGCGCAUGCCACCAAUAUUGACUUCAUCUUCUGGGCAACCAUCAUCUGGAGCUUCAUCGGCAUCAUCAAGUCCUCGGCGACCUGGGUCUCAGAAUGUGAACAGUGCAAAUAGUUAA